AUAACCUGGGCUUUACCUUAUCAUUGAUAAAAGUCGGUAAUAACAGACAAAUGCUUAAAAUCCACUUGUUGAGAUGCGGUCUGAGCAGCGCGAGCGCCGCUUUGACGAGGCCCCACCGAGGAAAGUAUUUUCUCGAGUAUCCUACGAAGGUGGUCCUGUCAGAUGGUUCGAGUAUCACCGUACGCUACCAUGAGCCUCAACAAAUAAUAAAGUUGCCUCUAGACCUGUCGACUCUUUCGGAAGCGGAGGCGAAAGCGCGACUCGAACGACGCAGGCCGAAGGUGAAAGUGGUUAUCGAAAAUGAUGACAUCGGCAUUAUCGACAAGAAAAAAUAUCUUAAAUUAAUAAAAAAUAAAAAGUAACUAGCCAAAAUGAUCUCUAAUUAUCAUUUACAACAUCAUUUGUAACAUUAAAAAAAAAUCAAAGUAAUAAAAACAAUUAUAUUACAAA